AUGUCGUAUCACACCGGCCAGUUUCCGGGCCAAUUCAAUGCUCAGCAACCUCAGAUGGCUCAAGGAAACUCUGCCUCCCACCACCCAGGCCCUCUCUCUUCCAACCCGCCUUUCGGGAUCCCUUCUUUCCGGCCCCAGCCUGGCCGGCCCCAAAACCCUGCUGGUUCGCACAACCCCGAGUCUGCUUCUCUUGCAAGCUCCAACUUGUGGAUGCCUUCAGCUCACCAGGCUCUUAACAACGCCCUCCAAGCGAGUGGGUUUGGCGAGGAACAAAAUGGUAUGGGAGCAAUGAUCGUGCUCCCCCCUAAUGGUAAUCCUGUGCCUAGUAUUCUUGAACCGCCCGUUGCGCCCCCAAACAGUCCUGUACAGGGCAUCCCUGGCAUCGUCAUCCCGUGCAUGCCGCUCGGCACUGGUGCUCUGGCCCCUUAG